AUGGAGCCUACUGCUACCUCCAGCACUUUGUGGAACAUCUCCCACACCGACCACUGGCCCGAAAACUCCACACAACUCAAUGCCUCCAAUUUGCCGCUGCCUAGUGACAGUGCUCUCAUUCGAUCCUUAGCUCUUGGUGCCAUGCUCCUGAUGGAUGUGUUGGCCAUUGUGGGUAACUUAGCCACUAUGGCUGUUAUUGCCAAGACACCCCAACUACGCAAGUUUGUCUUUGUGUUUCAUUUGUGUCUGGUGGACCUCAUAGCUGCAUUGGUGUUGAUGCCUUUGGGAAUGCUGUCAGGACAGGCCUUCUUCAGUGAGGCUCUCUGCAGGGGAUACCUGUGUUUGAGCGUUGGUCUCAUCAGUGCCUCCAUACUCACCAUCUCUGCCAUCAAUGUGGAGCGCUACUACUAUAUUGUGUAUCCCAUGCGUUAUGAGGUCAAAAUGACUAUGGGACUGGUGGUGUCGGUGCUGGUAGGAAUAUGGAUCAAAGCCAUCCUCAUGUCUGCUUUCCCAUUACUGGGCUGGGCGUUUCAGGGUGAAGGAGCUGCCAGUGAACUUUUUGACACAACUGAGCAGAAGUGUUGUUCUCUGCAUUGGACAGAUGGAGGGCUCCAGCGCUUGGUGUUUGUGAUUCUCUUCACACUUAUGUAUUUUCUGUGCCCUGUGCUGAUCAUCCUGGUGGUGUAUUGCAACAUGUUCAAGGUGGCCAGGGUAGCUGCCAUGCAACAGGGUCCUGUGCCCAUGUGGAUGGACAUGCCACGGCAACGGUCUGAAUCCCUCAGUAGUCACUCCAGCAUGGUGGCCAGUCUUGGAGGAGCCCGCACAACCCCGCAGAGGACCUUCAGUGGCGGCAAAGCGGCUGUGGUUCUGGUGGCAGUUGGAGGUCAGUUCCUCUGCUGCUGGUUGCCCUACUUCACCUUCCACCUUUACUCAGCCUUGGUGUCCUCUUCUCCUGCCUCACUGGUCCAGCUGGAGGAGGUAGUCACCUGGAUUGGCUAUUUUUGUUUCACGACCAAUCCCAUCUUCUAUGGCUGCCUGAACCGGCAAAUCCGGGAGGAGUUAGCCAGACAUCUAGCCUGCCUCUUCAAAUGGGCCCGGCCACAAGAGGAAGAGCGGCUUCCCAGCCGUGAAGCUUCCAUCGAGGAGAAUUUCCUGCAGUUCCUGCAGGGCACGGGUUGCAGUCUGGAGCCCCAGAACUCCCACAGCAUGUCUGGCCUGCAGCAGGAGGAGAGCGAGGCCCUGUCCACUCAGCCCCCUCAGACUGCUCCACUCCAGAGGCCAUCUGUUGAUUUCCACAUUCCUGGACAGAUUAUAGAAGAGACUUCUGAAUUCAUAGAACAGAACCAUCUAAAUAAUGAUCUUAGCAUAUCAGAUAACUGCUUUAGGACAAAGCCUGAAUUGUAG